AUGGCAUCCACAGACGGGAUCUUAUCGAUCAUAACAUCAGCCCUCUACGGCAUCCUUUUCCUCCAGUUCACUUACCGGUUCGCCCGCUCCAUCUGGUGGAUCUACUUCUUCUGCUCUCUCCUCUGCGUCUUCCGCAUCGCCGCCUUCGGACUUCGUGCGUACGUCGACGUUGGAUCCUUGAUUGUUGGGUCUUCGAAGUGGAUUUCCUACUAUAUCACUGAGGUCUCCCUCCUCAACGUCGGCGCCGUCUUUGUCAUUCUCAUCCUUGCCCGGUUGUACCAUUCGAUUUUACCCAAGAUCCGUCAUCAUGCCGGGGGUUUGCCGAGAGGAAUGUUUGAACGGACGCUUGUGGACCAUACGCGGUUGUUCCUCUUACCGAUUAUCGCACUCAUCAUCGCCAGCGGUGUCCUCUCCUCCAUGACGGACCCACACCAAGUCGAGCUCUCCGUCACUCUGCGGAAGGUAGCCGUGAUCGGAUUGAUGGUCUUUGGAUUAGUCUUCCUCUACUGCUCCUGGGUCUACCGGUCCAAGUUCCCAGAAUACCGCCGCCCAUUCACAAUCUGUUUUGUGGUGACGGUGUUGUUUAAUGUGUCGUUGGUUUAUAAGGUGGUCUUCACGUUUGGGAAUGCGGACGUUCAGGGGACGUUGUGGGCUUUCUAUGUGUUCUCGCCGUUGUUGGAGUUGGCGGCUUUGGUGGUUUUGGCGGUUGAUUUGCAGACGAUUUUCUUGGGGCAUAAACAUGAUAAAAUCCCCAAGGCAGAUACCUUGCCCAAGUAG